AUAUAUAUAUAUAUAUGUUUGUAUCAUGGAUAUUGAAGCGUGAAAGAAAUAUUGUGACCAAAAUGGAGUCACUCCAAACUGCUCUUUCUCCUCUCACAGUUGCACUUCUGGUUCUAAUCCUGUCAUUUCUCUACCUCUUCCUUGUGCUCCACCGCACCAGAAUCAAAGAACCACCCACAAUUCCCGGCGCAUGGCCGAUUAUCGGCCACCUCCCCCUGCUAGCGCGGUCCCCCGCCACCCACUACCUCCUGGGCACGUUGGCGGACCGCCAUGGCCCCAUCUUCAGCAUCAAUAUAGGCACAGUGAAAACCGUAGUCAUCAGCAAUUGGGAAAUGGCGAAAGAGUGCUUCACCACAAACGACGUCGCUGUGUCCUACCGCCCCUACCUUGUGGCCUGCCAAAACAUGACCUACAACCUCGCCAUGCUAGGAUUCGCACCCUACGGACAAUUUUGGCGUGACAUGAGGAAGAACGUUGCGUUCGUGUUCCUCGCAGACCACCGCAUCGACGCGCUCUCACACGUGCGCAUCUCCGAGGUGAGAACCUCGGCGAAAGAGCUUUACCACAAGUGGAAACGCGGGAAAACGGAGAAGGACUUUUUUAUGGUGGACAUGACGCAGUGGCUGAAGGAAGUUGCUUUCAACGUGGUGCUGAGGAUGGUUGCCGGGAAGAGGUACUUCGGAGAAAAAGCGGUGGUUGAGGAGGAAGAAGCGCGAAUAUGUUUGGCGACAUUCAAAGAAUACAUGCGGCUGUUUGGGGUUUUCACGAUAGGGGACGCGGUGCCGUGGCUGAGGCGGUUCGAUUUCGGAGGGCAUGAGAAGGCCAUGAAAGAGAAUUUCAAGCAUUUGGAUGCUAUGGUUGGGCAAUGGUUGGAAGAACACAAAAGGAAAAGGAAAUUGAACAGUGAGAAAGGUGAGAAAGGGGAAGAUUUUAUGGAGUCAAUGCUGUCGGAGUUCGAUGGAACCAACAUUCAUGGGUUUGAUUCUGAUACUAUCAUCAAAGCCACGGCAAUGGCAUUGAUUUUGGGAGGAACAGACACAAGCUCCGCUAGUAACAUCUGGACUCUGUCUUUGCUACUGAACAAUCCUGGAGCAUUGAAUAAAGUAAUGGAAGAAAUUGACACUCACAUUGGGAAAGAGAGACUUGUGACUGAGUCAGAUACGAACAAGUUGGUGUACCUUCAUGCAGUUGUUAAGGAGUCACUAAGGCUAUAUCCACCCACUCCUCUUAAUGCUCCUNGUGAAUUCAGAGAAGAUUGCAAGCUUGGAGAAUANCAUGUGAAGAAAGGAACUCGUCUGAUCACAAACUUGUGGAAGAUCCAAACAGACCCUAAGAUUUGGCCAGAGCCUUNGGAGUUCAAGCCUGAAAGGUUCCUCACCACACACAAAGAUGUAGAUGUAAAGGGAAAACACUUUGAGCUCAUCCCUUUUGGAAGUGGUAGGAGGAUAUGCCCUGGAGUGACCUUUGGCCUUAAAACUUCUUNUUUAACUUUGGNAAANUUUCUUCACUGCUUUCAUGUCUCUAAAUCCUCAACUGAACCUAUAGAUAUGACUUCAGCUGUGGAAUUGACCAAUGUUAAGGUUACUCCCCUUCAACUUCUCAUCAAACCUCGUUUGGCUCCUAGUCUUUAUGAAAACAUGUAAGCAUCACAUCAAAAUACAGUUCAUGUAUGAUCUAUGCUUA